UUAUUUUGCAAUUUCUUGAAUAAUUUUCAGUAAAAUGAAAGCCGUUGUGUUUAUCGCUGUUGCCAGUAUAAUAGUAAAUACAGUGAAAGCAGUGGAGCCGAAACAAUUGAAUCUAGCCCUCGAAACAGUCCUUCAAUUUGACAAGAAAGACCGAGCAGCCGACCUAGCCGUCCUAGACAAGGUGCAAGGUUUCCUAGAUAAUAUUAAAAAUGCCAUGCAAACCAGUGGUAGGAGAAGCAGCGGAAACGAUAUAACAUUCACAGAUUUCAUUCUUAAAGCCGCUAAAAUUCUAAAAAGUCUCAAAGACGAUGUACUCGAAGAAGUAUACGUUGUUAUCAAUGAUGAAUCGAGAAGAUAUUUUAACAAAAAUAAUGAGUUAAAAGAGCUAUUCGAUGAUAAUGAUAUGAGGAGGUACGUUUCUGAGAAAUUAGAUGAUAACAAGGAGAUGACAGCUAAUGACUUGCGUAGGCAUAUAGAUGCAGUAAUUGCCCUCAUAGAAAAUAAACGAGAAGCUGGAGGAAAUACUGACUUACUUGAAAUUGGGAAUACUUUGUAUGAAGGUGCUAGUGCUAAAUUGAGGAAAGCCCUUAGUGACCUUAAGAAAUUGAGAAGAGGUAAUGAAUAUAAUACAGGGAACUUGUUAAGAAGAGGACUCGCGUCGCUUGCAUUUUUGCAUUAUGAAUCGCUCGGUAAUGAUGUAAAAACUCAAUUUAAAAAAUUGCUUAAUAAUUAUUUGCAAACAUAUAUUGCAAACAAUGGACCCAAUGGCUUACGCAACUACGUAACUACUACUAGGCGUACGUCAAAUCAAUGGGAAACACGCAAACAUAGAUAUUACGAUAAAUUUACAGCACACACAAAAAAGACAUAUUUACCAAAAAAAAUUAACUAUUCUAAAAACGAACCUUUUAAAAAACCAGAGAUUUUCGUAUCUAAUGACGAUUUUAAGACGUUGAUUGGUAUAAAUGAACCACAAACAUAUCAACCACAAUCAAAUCAAAAUUCGUAUUCCUCAUUUCCCUCUUCGUCGGGGGCUAAAUACAAACCACAAUCAAAUCAACAUUCGUAUUCCUCAUUUCCCUCUUCGUCGGGGGCUAAAUACAAACCACAAUCAAAUCAACAUUCGUAUUCCUCAUUUCUCUCUCCGUCGGGGGCUAAAUACAAACCAAAAUUAAAUCAACAUUCGUAUUCCUCGUAUUCUUCAUUUCUCUCUUCGUCAGAGGCUAAAUACAAACCACAAUCAAAUCAACAGUCGUAUUCCUCGGUGCUUUUGCCGUCGCAGGUUAAAAAUAAACCAUAUCUAAGUCAAAUCAAACCACAUGACAGAUGGCGUUAUUCAAAUAAAGGUAAACACAAGAAGAAUCUCCGAACCAGUAAACAAGAGUCAACUGAAUCUGCUGAAUCGGAAGAAAAGGUUUUAAUGGGUGGGCAAAAUACUCAGGACCCUGAAAUAACUUCUAAUGAGUUUUCUAGAGAUAGAGAAGAAGACGAGACUAGUACAGAGGAGAUACUAAUACAGCACAGCAAUGUUAUCGAUAUUGGGUUGUCUCGGAAGACACCAAGACGAUUAAGCAUAACUUUUGUUUCGCCAGAAAAUUUCAGAAUCAGCAAUGAAAGACAAAUUUUAAGAAAAAGUAACGCAAACGAUUCGUUUGCAGUGGAUAUUAGUCCAGGAUAUAUCGAUGUCGUAGGUACAAUAAUUAAGCAUAUAGAAGAAGAAAUAGAAGCAGUAAAAGACCAGGUCGAAUACGUAAAAAAUGUAACUCACUCAAAACGCAUAGAAAAUACAGACAGUAACAGAAUGGAAAAUGUUACUGAUGCUGAAGCAUUGGAAUCCAACAAUACGUUCUCAUUUGGAGCUCAAUAUGAUGCAGAUGCGUCUAAUUCUUCAGACACAGAUACUAACCGUAAUAAAACAAAUGAAAAUGUUUCUGAGAUUACAUCUACAAAUGUCUCUGACACAACAAUCGCAAACGAGGAAAAGGAAAUAGCACAUGAAGAGCAUACAUCAGAAAAUUCGAAAAAUAAUAAUGUUGACAUCGACAAAUCAAAGAAAGGAGAAUCGGUUGAAGUCAAUGAUAACCAUUAUGUCAACGAAGAUAAUCAUAGACAAGACGUGACUUCUAUGUCACCAAAUGAAAAAGACAAGGCUGAAGAUAGCCCUGCAAAUAAUACAGUAGUAGAAGUAGGAAACAACUCUACUGCCACAAAAAUUGUGGAGGCAGGUAUUGCUGCGGGGAAUAGGCGAGAUAUAAGCGAAUAACAGCAAAUUUACUAAUGUAGCCAUAGGUAUGUAUGGUUUUAUGAAACUAAAAUAAAUAACGUAUGA